AUUUUACAAAUUCUUAUCGUAUUGUGAAUGUAUUUAAACGUUUUGUACAUAUAAUUAUAGAUGUAAUUUUAAAUAAAUUUAUUUAGCGUUCAUUUAAUAUAUUUUCUUUACAUCUUAUAUAAAAAAUAUGCGUAGGGAUUUAUGUAUUUUCUGAUCGAACUUAAGAUUUAGAAUGCGCGCCAAAGUAUGGGUAUAAAGAGUCCGAAGUUUAUAAUUAGAGAUUUAGCAAAGUAAAUAUACGAAUACAUGUUUUGAAAAGUUAUUCAUUAAAUUAUUAAACGAUGCCAUUAAUAAAGAAACCCAUGCGUUAUGCACAUCCUGAAGGACACACGCAUGUUUGUUAUUUUACGGGUGAGAAGGGAGGACUUGUUACUUGUGGAUCAGAUGGAGAUGUUAGAUCCUGGUUGAACUUGAUGGAUGAUGAUCCAGCUGCAAGCUGUGUCUCUGAGCAGGCCAUAUCAGUUAUAUCAAAGAAUGGAAAAAUAUUUGUCGGCAAUGACAAUAAUAUUGUUCAAAUACUUAAUUAUCCUGAUCUUGAAAAAGAAGGAAUAGUCACUAGAUUUUCAGCCCCUGUAUCAGCAUUAGCAACAUCAAAAGAUAGUAACAUUAUAGUAUCAGGAUCUUGUGAUAUGAGAAUUCAAGUUACUGAUAUUAGUACAUCAAAUAACAUAGAGCUGUUAGGGCAUGAAGCUCCUAUAUUGGGUCUAUCAUUGGAUCCCAAAGAAGAAUUUGUGGCAUCAUCAAGUGCAGAUGGAUCAGUACGUGUAUGGAGUAUUAAACAAAAAAAGGCUGUAAAUAUUUGGCCUAAUAUUGUACCCAAAUGUAACUCAUUUUUUUUGGCUAAAACAUAUGGUGUACCCUCAUUUCACCCUAAAGAUGGAAGUUGUCUUGCAUAUCCAUCUUCAAAGGACAUAGUUAUAGUGGAAAGAUCUUCUUGGAAAGAAUUAUUUCGUUUAAAGUGCAUUAAUAUAAAAAGUGAAAUUAGUAUUUGUAAAUUUUCUGAAUGUGGUACAUUAUUAGCUGCUAGUUCAGUAAAUGGAGAAAUAAUUGUUUGGAAUACACAAACAAAGGAAUUAAUUGGCUAUAUUGAACACCAGCAAAAUUCUAAAAUCACUGCAUUAUGUUGGAAUGUUGAUAAGCCAGAUGAGAUAGCAUUCUGUGAUUCUUUGGGUCAAUUAGGAUGUGUUGAUGUGAUAUUCGAUGAUAAGUCACCAAGUAAUGUGCUGAAUGUAGAAACAAACGGAAAUAUUAGAGAUAAUGAUACUGAUGUGUUAGGAGAUGAUGAUGAUGAUGAUGAUGGAGAAAAUGUUAUAUCUUUAAAUAAAAUUAAAGCAUCAGUAGAUAAUGAAGAUGAUAAAAGUCAAUCUGAUGCAGCAUCUGAAAAAUCACAACAUGAUGUAAAUGUUCUUUCACCUGAAAUUCAUUUACAACCACCAUUUCAACCUGGUUCAUCUCCAUUACAUUUACUGUCCCGUUUUAUGGUUUGGAAUGACACUGGUAUGGUAAGAUGUUUUACUUCUGAAGAUGGUGAUGAAUGUAGUAUUGAAGUAGAGUUUCAUGAUGUGACGAUCCAUCGUAGUAUGCAUAUUAAUAAUUACUUAAGGCAUACAAUAGCAGCUUUAUCAUCCCAAGCAUUGGCACUAAAUUGUCCAUCAAGUAGUGAUACACAAAGUAAACUUGUUGUAAUAUCAUUACAAGGCUGGGGGUCUGGAAACAAAGAAUGGUCGUUAAAUCUUCCUGAGGAUGAGGAAGGACAAUGCAUCGCUGCUGGUGAUAAUUUCGUAGCGCUUGCAACGUCUAAGAGAUAUUUAAGAAUUUUUACAGUCGCCGGAACGCAGCGUGAAAUGAUAGCUUUACCAGGUCCUGUGGUGGCAAUGAAUGGACUCAAAAAUAAUCUAGUGGUUGCUUAUCACAGUGGGAUAGGAGUAUCAGGUGAUCAAUGCAUGAAUUUACUGUGGAUUCAAAUUCGUAGAUUGACCUUACAUAGUCAAACACUAUGUCUUCCAUUAUCACCUUCAUCAGAACUUAUGUGGUUAGGACUUUCUGAUCUUGGAUCUCCAGUUUUAAUGGAUGCCGAUGAUAUUAUUAAAGUUUAUAAUAAAAGAUCUUCUUUGUGGAAAGUUGUUAGUAAUAUGAAUGGGCAGUCCAAGGGUAAAGCAGAUCAUUAUUUUAUAAUUGGAAUUUCUGAGCAACACGGUAUGGCGCGUUGCGUUUUAUGCAAAGGAAGUCAUUAUCCCCCAACUACACCGCGUCCUGUCAUCGCAGAAAUAUCAUUAAUUCCACCGCUUUGUGAAUUUGAAAGCGAAAAGACAGAAAAAGAAUUGAAAUUAUGGAAGUUGGGAAGUGACCCGUUAGAAGAAGAUGAAGCAAUGCUGUCUCUUAUUGCGCUCGCUUGCCAGAGCAAUUUGGAAUAUCGAGCAGUAGAACUUUGUGAACAAAUGGCAUCAGAGAAGGUUAUAGAAUUAGCAAUUAAAUAUGCACGAAGAAUAAACCGAAUAGCUUUAUCUAAUAAAUUAGAAUCUAUUGCUGAUAUAAAAGAGGAAGAAAAGGAGAAAGAAGUAGAGAAUAAGAACAAUGAUGAAGAAGAAAUAAAAAGCGACGAUGAACCUCUAGAUAAUGAUCUUAAUGCAUCAACAAUCUUAUUACCUAUUAAAAAGCCAGAUAUAGAAAUUAAGCCCUUAUCGAUGAAUGAAACGUUAUCAAUGAAAAGAAAUAAUCCAUUUUUAAAGAGCGGAAAUUCUCCAACUAUAAAAGGGUUAGCUGGAUUAGAUAUCACAUUGGAUAAACCACAAAAACCGGCACCAUUUAUAGCUUUAAAACCGAAGGCGAAACAAGCAAAAGAUGCACCGAAGAAAGAAACGUUUGUUAGUUGGUACGCUAAGAACAAGAAAAGUUUACAGGAAGAGUUUCCUGAAUUAAGUCCUGCAGAUUUAACGAAAGCUGCUUUGGCAAGAUACAAAGAAAAGGAGGUGAUUCCAAAUCGUAAUACACCUGAAUCUUCGGAAUCGAAAAAGAGGAAAUUGAGCCCUGAAAGUGAACAAAAUGAUCAACCGAAACGAGGUUUGAACACACUGCUUAGUUCCUUUUCAUAUAGCAAAUAAAUACCUCUACCAUAAUGUAAGAUACAUUUUUAUAAUUUUUAAUUUAUUGUUUUACGCUAAUGUAAUUAUUUUUUAUCAUGUAAUGCACAAUGAAUAUCAGACUGUUUCAUUAA